CACGUGGUCUAGUGUGUUGAUACUGUCCCUGACUAGGCACAGAGACAAGAUGGCUACAGUGUGAGGGCAGAGGUUUUGUCUGCUACAGAUGACGGCAUAGUUACCUGAGAUUUUUACUUAACGUGUGACACUUUUUGGAGCCAUGGCGAGCUUGGGUCCCCAGAACCUGUUGGUUUAUGUGGAAGAGGGCAACAUUGCCGCUUUGAAAACGCUGCUGGAAAAAUGCAAGGAUGUGGAUGAACGAAAUGAGAAUGGACAAACUGCAUUGAUGCUGGCAGCUGAGCAAGGGAACCUGGAAAUUGUUCAAGAACUCCUCAGAAAGAGAGCUAACUGUAACCUUGAAGAUGUUGAUAAUUGGACUGCUCUGAUUUCUGCUGCCAAGGAAGGACACUUGGAAAUUGUACGGGAGUUGCUGAACUACAAUGCUAACCUGGAGCAUCGUGAUGUGGGGGGUUGGACCGCCCUUAUGUGGGCUUCUUACAAAGGCUCCACUGAUGUUGUGGAUCUUCUGCUUUCCAAAGGAGCCAAUCCAAAUAUUACUGGUUUGCAAUACAGUGUGUACCCGAUCAUUUGGGCAGCUGGCCGAGGUCAUUGUGAUAUUGUUAAACUCUUACUGCAGUAUGGAGCAAAGGUCAACUGUUCAGACAAGUAUGGAACCACACCUCUUAUUUGGGCUGCAAGAAAAGGACACUUGGAGGGUGUCAAGUCACUUCUGCAGAUGGGGGCGGAUGUUGAUCAAGAAGGCGCUAACUCAAUGACAGCUCUUAUUGUAGCAGUUAAAGGUGGUUACACAGACACGGUCAAAGAAAUCUUAAAAAGGAACCCAAAUGUGAACUUAACAGACAAAGAUGGCAACACCGCUCUCGCCAUUGCAGCCAAGGAGGGACACACAGAAAUUGUGCAGGACUUGCUUGAUGCAGGAACAUAUGUGAACAUCCCUGAUCGGAAUGGGGACACAGUACUAAUUGGUGCUGUUCGCGGCGGCCAUGUUGAAAUUGUUAGAGCACUGCUGCACAAAUAUGCUGACAUAGACAUCAGAGGACAGGAUAACAAAACCGCUUUGUAUUGGGCUGUUGAGAAAGGAAAUGCCACCAUGGUGCGAGACAUUCUUCAGUGUAACCCAGAUACAGAAAUUUCUACAAAGGAUGGAGAAUCUCCGCUUAUUAAAGCCACUAAAAUGAGAAACAUUGAAAUUGUGGAGCUUCUGCUUGAUAAAGGAGCCAAAGUUUCUGCAGUAGAUAAGAAAGGGGACACACCACUUCAUAUUGCAAUCCGAGGAAGAAGCAGGAAGCUUGCAGAGCUUUUGUUAAGAAACCCAAAAGAUGGAAGAUUACUGUACAGGCCCAACAAAUCUGGAGAGACACCUUAUAACAUAGACUGCAGCCAUCAGAAGAGUAUCCUUACUCAGAUAUUUGGUGCCAGACAUCUGUCCCCUACUGAAUCUGAUGGGGACAUGCUAGGUUAUGACCUUUACAGCAGUGCCCUGGCUGACAUUCUUAGUGAGCCCACCAUGCAGCCCCCAAUCUGUGUUGGACUUUACGCUCAGUGGGGAAGUGGAAAGUCAUUCCUGCUGAAGAAACUAGAAGAUGAAAUGAAAACGUUUGCUGGACAACAGAUUGAGCCUUUGUUUCAGUUUUCUUGGCUUAUUGUGUUUCUCAUUCUACUGUCGUGCAGCACUAUCGGACUGCUGCUCUCCUUCACAGUAGAUCCAAAGUUGGGAAUAUCUGUGGCACUCAGUUUGUUAGCCAUUCUCUACAUAUUCUUCACUGCAAUCUACUUUGGUGGAAGACAAGAGGGAGAAAGUUGGAACUGGGCUUGGGUGUUGAGCACCAGGUUGGCCAGACACAUUGGAUAUCUUGAACUUCUCUUAAAGCUGAUGUUUGUAAAUCCACCAGAACUUCCUGAGCAAACCACUAAAGCUCUGCCUGUCAGGUUCCUGUUUACAGAUUAUAAUAGACUUUCUAGUGUAGGAGGUGAGACGUCUAUGGCUGAAAUGAUAGCGACACUGUCUGACGCAUGUGAGCGGGAGUUUGGCUUUCUAGCAUCCCGUCUGUUUCGUGUGUUCAAAACAGAAGAAUCACAAGGAAAAAAGAAAUGGAAGAAGACUUGCUGUCUCCCCUCAUUCGUUAUAUUUAUAUUCAUUAUGUCCUGCAUCUUUGCGGGUGUAAUUUUACUGGCUAUCUUUAAAGUGGAUCCAAAAAAUAUGACGGUGAAUGCCAUCCUGAUAGCUGUGGCUUGUGUGGUGGGACUAGUGUUGGUCUUGAACUGCCGCACAUGGUGGCAAGUAAUGGAUUCCAUUUUGAACUCCCAGAGGAAAAGACUGCAUAGCGCAGCUUCUAAACUACACAAGCUGAAGAGUGAGGGUUUUAUGAAGGUGCUGAAGUGUGAAGUGGAGCUGAUGGCUAAAAUGGCAAAGACUAUAGAUAGCUUCACACAGAACCAAACACGACUGGUUGUGAUCAUUGACGGCCUUGAUGCUUGUGAACAAGAUAAGGUUCUUCAUAUGCUUGACACGGUUCGGAUCCUGUUUUCCAAAGGACCUUUCAUAGCUAUAUUUGCUAGUGAUCCACAUAUUAUUAUCAAGGCAAUAAACCAGAAUCUAAACAGUGUACUGAGGGAUUCCAACAUUAACGGACAUGACUAUAUGCGGAAUAUCGUCCACCUCCCUGUCUUCCUUAACAGCCGUGGCCUUGGAAGUGCUAAAAAGCUGUGCGCAUCCGCAACAACUAAUGGUGAUGUGCCAUGCUCCGACAGUACAGGUGCACAUGAAGACCUUGACAGAAGGGUUUCCCAACAUAGCCUUGCAGAUGCCACAAAACUUGGAAGCAAGACAGCCCUCAACAGACGGGACACAUACAGAAGAAGACAAAUUCAACGCUCCAUGACGCGCCAAAUGUCAUUUGACCUGACCAAGCUGCUAGUAACAGAAGACUGGUUUAGUGACAUAAGUCCCCAGACAAUGAGGAGAUUACUAAACAUUGUUUCAGUAACAGGGAGGUUACUUCGAGCAAAUCAGAUUCAUUUCAACUGGGAUAGAUUAGCCUCCUGGAUCAACCUAACCGAGCAGUGGCCUUACAGAACAUCCUGGCUCAUCCUCUACUUGGAAGAGACUGAAGGAGUUCCUGACCAAUCAACUCUAAAAGUUAUUUACGAGAGAAUUUCUAAAAAUAUUCCAACAACAAAAGAUGUUGAACCAUUGCUUGAAAUUGAUGGAGACAUUCGGAAUUUUGAAGUGUUUUUGGCAUCAAGGACGCCAGUUCUUGUGUCGAGAGACGUUAAGACCUUCUUACCAUGUACAGUUAACUUGGAUCCAAAGUUACGGGAAAUAAUUGCAGAUGUCCGCGCUGCAAGAGAACAGAUGAAUAUUGGUGGUUUCUCAUUCCCUGCAUUACCCCUACAAGAUGCACCACCUAGAGCAUCUUCUGUGUAUAGCCAGCCACCGUCUGUCUGCUCGUCCGCAUCAUUUAAUGGACCGUACCCUGCUGGUGUUGUAUCUCCACAACCACCCAGCAGCUAUUAUAGUGGUAUGACAGGACCUCAGCAUCCUUUCUAUAAUCGGCCAUUCUUUGCUCCUCAUGUUUACACACCAAAGUAUUUCUUUGGCAAUCCCCAACAUCCCAUGUCACGUCCAUCUGUAAAAUCAAGUUUAUCCAGAGAUCAAAACAAUGGCCUAGACAUUAUCAAAGAAGAUGCUGCAGAGACUCAGCCUUCUCCCACACACAGCCCUCUGGGUGCAGCCAACAGCACGGCUGGAGCGCACACUUCUUCACUUUUCUCCAUGAAUGUAGACUCUGUGUGUGAGAAGCUGAAACAAAUAGAUGGGAUUGAUCAGAGCAUGCUGCCUCAGUACACUGCAACUAUCCGUAAGGCUAAUAUCAAUGGACGUGUUUUGACACAAUGCAGCGUGGAAGAACUGAAAAAAGAAAUGAACAUGAAUUUUGGUGACUGGCAUCUCUUCAAAAGUGCACUUCAUGAUUUGAGAACCUCUGAGAUCCCAAUUCAUCCUGAAGAAAUCCGGGCAGCCCCUGAGCCUAGCAGAAGUAUUGCGCCGCACAGCGAGGUGACUCGACGCUCUGCUCCAAACGCAGAGCUUCCUCACACUGAUCUGGCUGGGCAAAAUUAUGAUUUCAGCUUCAGUUUUGAAGAACUCAACAACAUUGGUUUUGAUGAACCACCACGUAUCGGCUUAGGCUGGCAGGGGCGUACUCAUAGAACUCCUAGUCUUUCAAGCCUCAACUCCCAAGAAUCCAGCAAUGACAUCUUGAGGCUUACAGACAAAGUGCAGGCAGAAUAUAGAGAUGCAUAUAGGGAGUAUAUUGCACAGAUGUCCCAAAUAGAGGGGGGUGCAGCUUCAAGCACUAUAAGUGGCAGGUCUUCUCCAAUGAGCUCAACUGCUUACCAGAUAGGGCAAAGCACAUCUGUGAGUUCUUUCACUUCUAAUACUGAACAGGACAAAGGGAGAGAAAGUGAACAAAAACAGGAAGAAGGACGGAAGCAGUUUUUACUGAAGAGAACUGAUGUAAUUGAUUACACAUCCUCAUCCGUUUCUACUACUGAUGCUUCUCCCUUGGACCCAAUCACAGAAGAAGAUGAAAAGUCGGAUCAGUCUGGAUCCAAGCUCCUUCCAAGUAAAAAGCCUGCUGAAAGAGCAAGCAUAUUUCAGGGAGCUGAUUUGAAAAUUAAGGGAGCUGGUCUGCGUUACCAGAAGCUCCCUAGCGAUGAAGAUGAGUCUGGGACAGAGGAGUCUGAUAACACCCCACUUCUUAAAGAAGGAAAAGGCAGAAAGAUAGAUGGUAGCCAGGAUAAGAAAAUAUUAGAGCAUACAAGUGAGUCUGUGAGGAACCUCAGUAAAGCAAAAGAAUAUUUGUCUGAUGCAAUCCUUGAUAAGAAAGAUUCAUCUGAUUCAGGAGUGAGAUCUAAUGAAAGCUCACCAAAUCAUUCUCUCAACAAUGAGGUUACAGAUGAUUCUCAGCUUGAAAAGGCAAAUCUUAUUGAGCUUGAGGAUGAGCGCUUGCGAGGAAAGAGAGGAAUACCUAAUAGCCUGAGUGGCCUUCAAGACCCUGCAGUAGCACGUAUGUCAAUUUGCUCUGAAGACAAGAAAAGCCCGUCUGAGAGCAGCCUAAUUGCCAGUAGCCCUGAGGAGAAUUGGCCUUCCUGUCAGAAAGGAUACAACCUGAACCGCACUCCAAGUACAGUUACCCUUAACAACAACACUGCACCUACCAACAGACCUAAUGAAAACUUUCAAGAAACAGAGGAAGCAAAAGAAGAGUCUCCAAUCAUAGUAGUUCCAGGAUCAAGUCCUGUCCAUAAUGAAAACCUGAAGCGUUUGACUCAUAAGAGAGGUCAACGUUCAGGCUAUAGCCGACUCACAAAAGAUGCAUCUGAGUUGCAUACUGUUGCAUCUUCUGAUACGGCUGGCUUUGGAGAAGAGAGAGAGAGCAUUCUUUAAAUUCAUUUUAGAUCAGAUGAAAGCUAAUCUGUUAAUUGUUGCGCUACAUUAAUAGAAAAAAAUCACUCAAGCCAAAUCAUUACAUUAUUUUAUCAAUUACUUUAAUUCUGUCUUUAAUACUGCCUUACAAGUAAAUUAUACAACCUUCCAACAAAAGAACAAGUCAAACAAAGUUAGAUUUAGUCUUCACUAUUCUUUCAUUACAGUGCAUCAUUGUUUUUAUUCUAGAUGUCACACAACCAUUGAAGGAAGGGGUUAAAAAUUAUACUGACAGCAAAUCAUUGUUGCCAAAGGGAGCUUAAUUUGGUCCCGAAGAGGAUCAAAUUGUGCUUAUGCCUGUUUCAAGAUUUUUUUCUUUCUGUUUACUACAAAACAAUCCACUAAAUGGGCUCUUUGGUUCAUUUUGCAAUGUUCAGACAUUCUAAUUGAAAGUUGCCACAUGGUGGGUCAUCAAGCAGGUAUUGGUUUGAAUUGUGAUAGCUAGCACACUGCCAUUUGCAUUCACUGCCUAUAUAGUCAGGACAUUACUUAGCAUUCAAAAUAGUGUGUCAUCAUGUUCUUAAAAAUCUAAUUCAUUACAGUAAGAUGCAUUUAAGAAAAUAACUGCUCUAAUUCACUUAGGAAAAGUUAUAAAUGUUCCAAAACACAUUUUUUGUAGGUAAUAUCCUUAAAAGAAUGUUAACCAACUGUUGCUUUUGUGAAAUCCCUGUGCUUGUCCCUUACUCCCUAGACAGCCAAACACCACAUUCAAUAACCUACACAUUCUGCAACUCAGAUACCUAGUUUAUGCAAUUUGCAGCAGUUUGAAGACUUUUUGCUUGUUGAUCUCACUAGGGAGUGUAGGAAAAAAACUCACAUUUUAAUCAAAAGCAAGAGGUGUGUAAUGCGUGUAAAUAUUUACAAAUCUCACUGCUUGGUUUACUGGUAUUUGGUUUAAAUGAGAUGCAUCACUCAUAACAUAUAUUUAGUGCUGUUCAAAGAACAUAAGUAAUGAGGAUAUAUUGUACUUGCAUUGAGAUGGUUUUGUUAGAGCAGAAGGACUCGUACCAUAUAUAGAACCAACCAGUGUUUUUUGGUGACUGAAUCUUAUCAAUAAUUUAAAAUAAUAUUGUGUUUGUGUUAUGAUUAAAAGUAUUAAAUUGUUGUAGGCCUAACAUGAUCAUUCUAUAAAGUCUUAUCAAAGCUGUCAUCGGCUCAGCAUUUUGGUAUCUAAGCUAUAAAAAGUCCCUGUAUCUGUACUGCAUGCCAAGAGCACCCAGUGUUAGUUCCAGUGUGUUAUGUGAUCUUGCAUGUAAAAAUUUGAAAAAUAUUUAAAUGUUAAGGGGGCUCUAUUUUGAGAUUUUCGACUGAAGUUUAAAUGUGUGUCUUCCUGAAUGUUUCUUCCCAUUUCCCAGUAAUCCCAGAACUAUUCUGUCAUUUAGCUCCCAGUAGUUGUCAGUUCAGAGGCUAAGUGUAAACAUUCUGUUUGGGUGAAAACAGCACAAGCAGCAGAGAAAAACUCAGGCAAACUUUGCUGAGCGAAGAGAAGUCACCGAACAGAUCAAAUAUAUCUAAAAAUGUGUUUCAAAGAAAACAACUUAUCUGUAUUUGUGAACAUAAUGGGAAAUUAUAUGUUGUGUAAAGUAAAACUCUAAAACCAUCUUUUAUCCCCUUGGUUACCAUAUCGGCGUGCAGUGUAUUGCUCCACAAAGUUUCAGCACUAUCUGUUAGCCAUGGGGAUAGAGAAAGCUUGGUGUCUGAGGAGGCAUUAAUGCUGAUACUCAAAUUAUUUCAAUUAUAAUGCACUAUUUUGUAUUGGUAGAAUGUUCAAAAUCAUGAAAUAUGCUGUUAAAUUCAUUAAUUGGACUUGAAAUAACAAUAUGUUAAUGGAGUUUGUUGGUUUUUGUGUUUGGCAUAGACAUAUGAUAAAUAAUUCAGUUCAUGAGUAGAAAUAUUUAAGACCCUAUUAAUAAUAUCUAGCAUUAGUAAAGGUGUUACUCUCUGUGAAGACAAAUAUAACCACUCCUGACAAGGAAUUAUGUGCACGUUGGGCACCUAGCAGCCUAUCUUUAGUUUAACUCUAUCCCAAAUGCUUACAGUCUGUGUCCCAUGACAUUGUUGUAGAAGUGUAUAUGGUUAUAGUUCUAUAAACUUUCUACUAAGCCAGGAUAUUUCAGGUUUGGGGGAUUUGUUUAGUUUGCAUAGCAAAGUGUUCUCCAUUCUAGAUUAUUUAUCACCCAUUAAGUUAAGAUAUCAGGAUCUGCUUUAGUGAAGGGUGAUAAAUUGUGCAUCAGGCAGUCCGAAUGACCUACCUAUUCACAAAGCAAAAGUAUCUGUAAAUCCCUGGAUUUAUAUAUUGUUGAUAAUCAGAAUAUUCAGCCUUGUAGACAAGUAAAAUCAUUAUUAUAUCAAAACCCACACAUAGUUUAGAUGUAUUGCCUUAGGGUCCAUUGUAUGGGUUGAUGUGGAACACAAAUGCUAAUAGAUAAUUAUGUGAGGAUUUUCAUUAUAUUUCAGUAGAACAGAUAUAGGAAAGCUGCUGCUACUGAGAGAAAGCAAUAGCCUGAAGCACAGAUUGUCGUAUUUCUUUUGGGGAAAAGCUGUCAUUGGUAACCCAAUUAAAAAAAUAUUUAGUUCAGUACAUAAUAGCCCAUAUUAGGGACCUAUAUAUAAACCUGUACCUAGUUCUGGCUGCCUGGCUCAUGCUCAUAAAAAUAUAUUCAUGAUUUCUAGUGCAUUGCUAUUCAGUGCUGAGUAAUCUUAGCAUUAAGAGAUGCUGCUGGCCAGUAAAUCUCUUGUGAAUAACUCUAAAUGUGCAGAAAUAUUUCAUCCACUGCAGGGCAUUGUUUUUUUUUCUGUGUAGCUUAAUCCCAUUCAUUGUUUUGAAAUUUCUAUUCUGUUUUAAAAAAAAACUACUUUGCACAAUUUAUCCUCCAGUACUGUAUAUGGAAUGUGCUUUUCUGUCCUUUUUUGUUUGUUUGUUUUAACUGUUUCUAAAAACACAGAAAUAAUAGAGCCAGAUAAACUGUACCUUUCUGUAUGACGCUAGAUCGUUCACGACAAUCUAUAGCAUUGUUGGCCUUCUACCAAGCUCAGCUGUGCAUUUGGUAUUUCUGACUCCUCAGGCUGUUGCAUGCAAUAUACUUUAGUGCGUUGCUUUGUGAGAUCUUCAAGAAAACAGUGUUUAAUGUUUAUGACUGAAAAAUGCAUUAUACAGUUUGUGAAGUGUUGUGUUAAAGCAAAAAUAAACUACUUCAACCUUG